AGCGUCGCGCAUCCCAGCAACUCUAUACCAAGCCAGAAUAAUGCCGGAGUGGGCAGAAGUAAAAAGGGAAAACAGGCUCGCGAUCGAACCAGCCACGGUAGCAGCACUGGAGGUAGCACUAGAAGCCGAACAAGAAACAGAACAAGGCAGUUCAGCGUCGUCGUCCAGCGAGUCUUCGUCACCGUCCAAGGGUCCAUCAUCCGGCAGCGCCAACGGAAAUCAACACAUGGAGGAACUAAAGGAUGCCAGUAUUCACCAUACGGCCUUGAAGCUGUCCGAGGAUAUCAAAGCCAUGAAAAUCUACGGCAGUUUAUAUAAGAUGGUGCAGAAGCUCGCGUGCUCGCCCGAAGUAGACAAGGACGAUAUGAAGCACACCCUCGAGGCUGCCAUCAAAGCGAACGGUCUGGAAACCGAAAUCCGCAAUGUUAUCUAUCACUUGAUUAGAAAUUCGCUCAAGACAGAAUCCAAGCCCACGGUUCCGUCCAGUGAUCCGUUGUACUACCUGCGACGGGCGGGCAUCCAAUGGGAACGGCGUGUGCGUAAAUCUCUCAACUCCAUGUGUUCCGAAUCGAAGGCUCAACUGCAAGGACAGAUGCGAACGGCUACGGAUCGGGAGGAGAUUCUUGGCAAGUGGGACGAAUUAAGCAACUACCAGAUCGAUCUGACCAACUACCGGCCGGUGUACGCCCCGAAAGAUCUGCUCGAUGUGCUCCUCUCCCUGAAAGGCCCCGUCAAACAGGACGAAACAGAGUACAGAAAAUACUUCCGCUUCUCGUCACAGCAAAUCGCUAGCAAACUUAAACUUAUCAAAUCGUUUUUCAGUUUUCUUCCAAAGUGGGAAUUUUCGCACAUUUCUCUACCGGUGAAGAAUUUGUUCGAGCUGCGUGUGCACUUUUCCGAACUGCUUCGCAACGACAACAACGGAGGUUCGACCGAUUGGGCUGUCACGUGUCAGAAGAUCCUCAAGACGCGUCAUGCCCCACUUUGCCAGCAAGCGCUGAAGAAGGGCAUCACUCCACCUCCGCUCCGAGGACAUCUGUGGGCCUACGUACUCGGUAGCCAGGUGGAAGCGCAUCACACCGAGCAUUGGGAGAAUCUGAAGCAGUCGGUACUGACGACGGAGUCGAUAGUAGACAAGUUAGUCUUCAAGGACGUUCAAUUGACUGCUACCAAUGAUGAUCGGUACUUUGUAUUCGAGGAUGUUCUCUAUCAGAUUAUGCUUUGCUUCAGUCGUGAUUCGGAAAUCAGUCAGAUGAUCCAAACGGAGUUUACCAACUCGGCGAAACUGAAGCAAUACGAAGGACCGGCCUGUGGGUUUGUGCCGUUUCACGGAAUCUGCAUGCUGGCAGCACCGUUUUGCUACCUGUACGAUAAUCCCGUAUCACUGUACUUCACAUUUCGUGCAUUCUACGUUCGCUACUGCCAUCGCUUGACGACAAUCAACACCCAUCCGCAGGGAAUCGUCAGUUUGUGUCUGCUGUUUGAGAAGCUUCUGCAGACCCACGAGCCGCAGCUUUGGUCGCACUUUCGGGAGUUGCAGAUUCAACCCAUUCGCGUGGUAUUCAAGUGGCUGAUGCGUGCCUUCAGUGGUCACCUUCCUCCGGAGCAGCUGCUGAUUCUGUGGGAUCUGAUUUUGGGGUACGAUAGUUUGGAAAUCCUGUCGCUGUUGGCGUUGAUUAUUUUAAGCUUCCGGCGGGAGAGCCUGAUGCAGGUGGUAACACUGGAAAACAUCGAAGCCAUACUGUCAGAUUUAUCCUCGGUCAAGGUGCUGCCGUUGAUACAACUCACGUUGUCGCGAGACUGAGUGCUACGGAACUAUUUCAUGCUAGAAAAUG